UCACAUUUUAGAAUGGGGUGCCGCAAGACUGUCUAUACUUUUAAAGGGUGUCUCGGGACUGUCCAUAAUUUUAGAGGGUGCCACGGGACUGUCCAUAAUUUUAAAGGGUGCCUCGGGAAUGUCCAUAAUUUUAAAGGGUGCCUCAGGACUGUCCAUAAUUCUAAAGGGUGCCUCGGGACUGUCCAUAAUUUUAAAGGGUGCCUCGGGACUGUCCAUAAUUUUAAAGGGUGCCUCGGGACUGUCCAUGAUUUUAAAGGUUGCCUCGGGACUGUCCAUGAUUUUAAAGGUUGCCUCGGGUCUGUCCAUAAUUUUAAAGGGUGCCUUGGGACUGUCCAUGAUUUUAAAGGGUGCCUCGGGACUGUCCAUGAUUUUAGAGGGUGCCUCGGGACUGUCCAUGAUUUUAAAGGGUACCUCGGGACUAUCCAUAAUUUUAAAGGGUACCUCGGGACUAUCCAUGAUUUUAAAGGGUACCUCGGGACUGUUCAUGAUUUUAGAGGGUGCCUCGGGACUAUCCAUGAUUUUAAAGGGUACCUCGGGACUGUCCAUGAUUUUAGAGGGUGCCUCGGGACUGUCCAUAAUUUUAGAGGGUGCCUCGGGGACUGUCCAUAAUUUUAAAGGGUAC